AUGACUGUUGCUAUUAGUAAAGAUACUCAAAAUAACAUCAAGGCUCUCUUGGAAUCAGGAUAUUCUUACUCUCAAAUAAUGUCUCGUAUUCCGAAUUUAAAGAAAACCACUUUAAGCUAUUAUGCGAACAAGUUUUUCCCAAAUAGGACAAGAUUACCCGGGGGACGUAAGUCUCUUCUUCCAAACACCACCAAGUCUUAUAUACGAAAGCAAAUCACUAAAGGGUCUUUAAAGUCAGCAAAAGCAGUACACAAGUACCUCGGAGGUGUAGGAUAUAAAAUGACUUAUUCCUGUGUAUUUAAAGUCUUAAAAUCAAUGAAUUUUCAUGCCAGGAUCAAAAAGAAGAAGCCUUUGCUCGCGAAGCGUCAUAUGAUUGCACGUUUG